AUGGCGGAAGAAAAGUACAAUCGGAAGAACCCAGCGGUGAAGAGGAUAUUGCAGGAGGUGAAGGAGAUGCAAUCGAACCCCUCCGAUGAUUUCAUGAGCCUCCCCCUCGAGGAGAAUAUAUUCGAAUGGCAAUUUGCAAUCAGGGGACCCUGUGAUACUGAGUUUGAGGGAGGCAUUUAUCAUGGACGUAUCCAAUUGCCUGCGGAAUACCCCUUCAAGCCUCCUUCAUUUAUGUUGUUGACGCCGAAUGGCCGUUUUGAGACCCAAACAAAGAUAUGCUUGAGUAUAUCAAAUCAUCAUCCUGAGCACUGGCAGCCUUCAUGGAGUGUUCGGACUGCUUUGACAGCACUAAUCGCCUUUAUGCCCACCGACCCAAAUGGUGCUUUGGGCUCAUUGGACUAUAAAAAAGAAGAAAGGCGUGCUCUGGCAAAUAAAUCUCGUGAAGCUGCUCCUAGAUUCGGGACUUCUGAACGUCAACAGCUAAUUGAUGAGAUUCAUGAAUACAUGCUGAGAAAGGCACCCCCAGUUCCUCAACUCAGCCCCUCACAGACUCCUGAAGAACAAUCUACCCAUCGAGAUGCAGCGGAUGCUGAAGUCCAGGUGAGUCCUCAGAAUGCCACCACAGAAUCUGCUGGGGAGGAACUUCCGAAUCUAGCUGAAGGUGACAGGAUUGUUGAAGAACUGCAAGAAGUUCCUCUGAAUGCAAAUCCCAGCCCUGCAGGAAUUAGGAUAUCGAGAGAGGUUCCUGCUGGACACUCAAGAGGGCAGCAGCUGCCGCAGAGGCCAGAAUUGAGGAUUCAAAAACCGGCUGAUGAUCGCCUUUUCACAUGGGCUGCUGUUGGGCUUACCAUUGCUAUAGCUGUUCUUCUGUUGAAGAAGUUUAUGAAAGCUAGUGGACAUGGUGCUGUUUUCAUGGACGGAUCAUAA